AAUUUUUAUCUUCAUACAUUGGCACAUUGGCACAUUGACUAUUGUGCUGUUAUUACUGUUGCCGUUGCCACUGUCGUUGCCGCUGCUACAAAAAUAAUGUAAUAUGCAAUUGUUCUGUCCACUUAAAAAUUUAACAGAAAUUGGCAUACAUGAUGGUAGCAGUAGUCAACAUAGCAUAAAUAGCAUAACGCACAUAAGUAGUGAAACAUUCGACAACAGUAAUAAUAAUAAUAACAACAACAAUAACAACAGUAACAAUAACAAUAAUGACACAAAAAGCAACAAUAAUACACCGACACUAAGUCGGCGGAAAGCAAGUAAUGGAUAUACAAAUGCUCCUCCGGUACUUAGCACCAAUGACCAUAGUAGUAAAUUUGAAGAUCGACCAAUUAAACAUCAUUCCUUUGUGUCAGAAGUUCCCGAUGUUAAACAUAUGGAGCGUGCAUUGUUGGGUCUCUUAGAUGAUUUUCAUUCAGGAAAGCUAAAAGCUUUUGGUUCUGGUGGUACAAUGGAUCAAAUGACAAUAAUUCGUGAACAGCAAGAGAGCUUAGCAAAACUGCAUUUUGAAUUGGCUGCUGCUGAGGAAGAUUCACUUGAGAAUGGCAACGAUUUAAAUGCAACAAAAGCACAAGAAAACAUGUUACAACUAGUACAGCGGCUAGAACAGUUAUCAAUUUCAAUAGAACAACUACAAACAAGUCAUACUGGACUUUAGAACCAUAAUUUGGUUAAUUUUUUUGUUUUGUCUAAUUUCAAAUUUUAUUGUUACAAAUGUGAUUUAUCAAACUACGAUUUCAUUUUCCUAACUGGUCUGUUCUGCGUUGUUUUCAUGUCUAUAUACAUAUGUAUGUAUUUUUUAAUGCAGUUAAAAUAUUAUCUACUAAUACUUUAAACUAACUAUUAAUGACAAUUUUUUAUAUAUAAUU